AUGUCAUACAACAAGGAGAGACUUGAAGGCAAGGACCUCUUUGAUGGAAGUAACGAAAAGCUCGACGUGGAAGUUGGCCCGCCUGUAGUUGUCGAAGAUGAAAAGGCGUUCGCGGAGCAAAGGGAGUUAAAACGAGGUCUACAGCAGAGACAUAUCCAGAUGAUUGCCCUUGCUGGUACCAUUGGCACCGGUCUUUUUUUAGGAUCAGGUAGAUCCCUUGCAGCCGCGGGACCCGUCGGUGCACUGCUCGGAUAUCUCUUAACUGGUAUCCUGGUAUCCGGAGUCGUGCUCUCCAUCGCCGAGCUCGCCGCCUUAGUACCACUCACUGGUUCAUACGUUCGAUAUGCUGCUUGCUUCGUCGAUCCUGCCUUAUCAUUCGCUAUCGGUUGGAAUCAUGUCUACGCGGCAUGCGUUGCCAUACCCGCUGAAAUUACCGCCGCGGCUGUCUUGAUAUCUUUCUGGACGACCUCAGUAUCAAAUGGUGUCUGGAUCACGGUGAUGGGUCUCCUCAUCAUCGGUACCAACCUCUUCUUCAUCAGGGUGUACGGAGAGUUGGAGUUUGGCUUCUCUAUGCUCAAAAUCAUGCUCGUUGUCGGUUCAAUCAUUAUGGGUCUCUGUAUCGAUCUAGGUGGUGUAUCGGGUCAACCUCGUCUUGGAUUCCAAUAUUGGAGAAAUCCCGGUCCUUUCGUUCAAUACCUAGGCAUCGAAGGGUCUCUCGGUCGAUUCCUUGGCUUUUGGACAACAUUUUCCAAUGCCGCCUACGCAUACUCUGGCGUCGAGACUAUUGCUGCCGCUGCAGCUGAGACCAAGAAUCCCAGACGGAACAUCCCAAAGGCAGCAAAACGUAUCUUCAUUCGAGUAAUACUCUUCUACGUCCUCUCCAUCUUUAUCGUUACGUUGAUUGUUCCUUCGAACAACUCCCUUCUGCUCAAAUCAACGGGUACUGCCAGUGAAAGCCCUUUCGUCCUAGCCGCGAACUUGGCUGGCAUUAAAGCUAUUCCUCAUAUCAUGAAUGCUAUUGUCUUGACUAGUGCCUGGUCUUCUGGUAAUUCUACAAUGCUGGGUGCGUCUAGAACGUUAUAUGGUCUUGCUCGGGAAGGUCACGCACCAAAGAUCUUCCUGCGUACGAAUCGUUUCGGUAUCCCCUAUAUCAGUGUUGGCUUUGUCAGCCUAUUCAUGUCCCUCGGAUACAUGACGCUCCAGGAUUCGGCUUCAAACGUCUUUUCGUGGCUGCAAGAUUUAGUCUCUGCCGCGGCUAUCAUCGCAUGGAUGGUCAUCUGCAUAAUAUACUUGCGAUUUUACUACGGCUGCAAACGCCAGGGUAUUGACCGUAGCGAGUUACCUUGGGCGGCGCCAUUUCAGCCUUUCGCUGCGUGGAUGGCUCUACUAGGAUUCGGCUUGAUUCUCCUGACCUCAGGGUAUGCAAUCUUCAUCCAUGGAAAGUGGGACAUCGAGACCUUCUUCAGCCACUAUUUCAACAUUCCCCUCAUCUUUCUCUUAUAUUUCGGUUACAAAUUUACGAAAGGGACAAAGAUCGUCAGCUUAGACGAAAUGCCCAUUCGGUAUUUCAUUGAUAUCGCAAAUCAGAACCCGGAACCAGAGGAGGUUCCUGCAAAGGGUUGGAGAAGGAUUAAUAUCUUGUGGUCAUAG